AUAAGAGUCCUUCCGACGGAGAGCGCAAAGUUGCCAUGAAGUUUUUUGUUUCUGACACUGAAGGUGGAAGAUGGCGUGGCGCUGCAGCCGUGCCACGUCUCGGUUUACUGGGCAAAUACAAAUAUAUGGCACACAGCCGGUGACUUUUGGCGUUUUGCUGUGUUUUUAUCUGCGUUUUCUGGGCGCCGCGCAGGCCGGUCUGUACACCGCCUCUGACCAGGUCAUCCUGCUGAGUGCGGAUAAUGUGCACUCCGUCCUGGUCAACUCGUCAGCCGCUAUCGUUGUGGAGUUUUACGCUUCUUGGUGCGGACACUGCGUCGCCUUUUCUCCAGUUUACAAAAACCUGGCAAGCGACAUUAAAGAGUGGAAACCUGCUGUGGACUUGGCAGUCAUAGACUGUGCUUCAGAGGAGAAUAGGAAAGUCUGCACUGACUUCAACAUCAAAGGGUAUCCCACUUUAAAGUUCUUCCACGCAUAUUCUAAUGCUGAUUCUACAGGAAAGGCUAUUAAAGGUUUCUCACAUGAUGUUCGAAAUCUCCGUCAUAAGAUCAUAGACAAGCUGGAAAACCACAAGGAACCCUGGCCCCCUGCCUGCCCCCCACUGGAGCCCAUCAGCCAAAUGGAAGUCGACAGCUUCUUUGAGAAUAACAAUGUUCGAUACUUGGCUUAUUUUGAGGACUCGAAAUCAUACAUCGGCCGAGAGGUAACCCUGGACCUGUUACAGUAUGACAGCGUUGCAGUGCGGCGAGUCCUGAGCACCGAGGAGAGUCUGGUGACCAAACUGGGCGUGACCAGCUUCCCCUCAUGCUAUAUUCUCAGUCCUGGAGGAAACUUCACCAAACUCAAAGUCAUCUUUGAGGCUCGCACCUUCUACUCAUUCACCCUCCAGAGGCUGCCUGGAGUUGUGCGUUCAGGGAAAACCCUUCAUUUCACAGCAGGUGGCCAGACAAACGUCACAGAGGAGCCCUGGAGACCCUUCAACAGGUCCAGGGUGUACAUGGCAGACCUGGAGUCUGCGCUGCACUACUCACUGCGUGUGGAGAUCUCUGCAUUUCCCCUCCUCAAAGGAGAAACGCUGACUUCUCUCAAGAACUACAUCUCCGUGUUGACAAAGUACUUUCCAGGCCGUCCUAUGGUGAUGAACCUUCUGAUAUCGGUACACUCUUGGCUGCAGAGCACAAUGACUGAAGUUUCAUAUCAGGCACUCAGAGAGAUACUGGAUAACUCUGCACAGUCUCCAAACGCUGCUUUACCUGAAGGAGUAAGGUGGGUGGGCUGUCAAGGUUCUCAGCCUCAAUUUAGACGUUACCCUUGUGGAAUGUGGACCCUCUUCCAUGUGCUCACUGUCCAGGCCAACUCUGAAGGCUCAGAGCCCAAGGAGGUGCUGAAUGCAAUGAGUGGUUACAUCCAGAGCUUCUUCGGCUGCAGGGAGUGCGCUGGACACUUUGGCAAAAUGGUGAAGGAGGGUCUGGGACAGGUGUCCACUCUGUCCUCAUCAGUCAUGUGGAUGUGGUCCAGACACAAUCGCGUUAACAACCGACUGGCAGGUGCACUGAGUGAAGACCCCUACUUCCCCAAGAUCCAGUGGCCAGCCCCUGAGAUGUGUUCAAGCUGCCAUUCAGUAAAGAAAAAUGGAGAACAUGUGUGGAAUGAGACAGAAGUUCUACUGUUCCUCCAGUUUUAUUUCUCCAAAACCCGUAUCCUCACAGACUAUCUGGAAGAUGAGAACCAGGUCCUGGAUAAGCAGAGACAGAAACAUGCGAGUCAGCAGCUCGCUGUGGAAGCCCAGAGAGGCAUAGCAAGGAAAGCCAGGGAGGUGUUGACACAAGACCUGCCAUCACAAGACACUGUGCAAGAGGAGGAAGAGGAGGACGAAGCGCCUGAGGAGGAUGAGGAAGGUGGAGAGGGAGGAGCAGCUGCAGCAGAUGAGACGGAAGGUAAAUUAUCUGAGCCACCUAACUGGUCCAAACCUACAGAGGAAGUGGCUCAAGGCCGGCGAAAACGUCACAGGAUGCCCAUCAUAGUGGGUAUGAAGCUGCGUGACCUGCAGGAGGACAUUGUGGAUCUGGACUCAUUCGUCAACCACCUCUACAAGGCCAAGGCUCUGGAGCUGGCUGCUUCCACCCGGGUCAAACUGCGCAGCUUACAGAGAAAGGAAGAACAAGAGCCCGCCCCAGGGUUUGAGCUUGGCGCAGAGUUGGACCCGGGGCUCGGUAUGAUGCACCUGCAGCCUUUGGGAUCUGACACAGGCCAACAGAGAAAACAGCUGCACAGACGAGACCUGGCAGGCCAGUACAUCGGCGACGACUCUGAGGACAGGGAGUUCAACAACCAUCAGUUACACAGCCAGAGCCACCGCGGACGCUGGAUCUCAGGAUUCUCCAAAGUGGACAUCAGCCUGUGUGUCAUUCUUUACUUCCUCUCCUCCAUGUGCCUGUUGGCCAUGUACCUGUUCUUUAAAACCCGUCUAAGUUUACGGCGAGCUAAAUUAGCCAUGCCUUAAUGAAAAUAUCCAACUGUAACCCGAGACACUGCAAUUAUUAAAAUCCAUCAGGUUAAUAUAGGCUAAAGUAAUGGUUAGUAUAAAAUGAGCUUGAUUUUGUUUGAAUUAAUGGUACCUUACUAAUUCAUCAGGCGCUGUCAUAUUAAUGUCUGUUUUAAAGGAAGAAUUAUCAGAUUAGGUUGAAACUUGAUCUGAGUGAAAUUUCUGUGCAAAUAAAGGUAUUUUUGUAAGUGAA